AAGCCCCAACUGUAGUAACAUGCUUGGCUGUAUGGGAAAAAGUAAACGGGGCCCUAAUCUGAAAGGGUUUGAUUUGCAUGGGUCAGUCCCUGGCUUGUAAAUACAAGAAUUCCAUCGCCCAGCUUUAGGGAGAGAAUACAAGUGCAUACAUAACUAUUGCAAUGUUAUAGAAAGUAAACCUUCCGAAGGACGCACAAGCAGCAGCUGCAUCCUACGCAGUAUUGCAAACUCGGGCGUGGAGGAGGAGUACCCAGCACAGUCUCAAGCUGCUCCAACGCUGAGUACCACACAGAGCCAACCAAAGCAGUUUGGAACUCAGCAGUACGCUUGCGCUCUGCCAACGCAAAUGGAGGAGGGGCUUGAAGGAGACUGACCCUGGACUCAGCCUCUCAGCAUUAUGGCUCCGCCUUCCUAUCCUGCAUCCCUCUCUGAGUGGCUGCAAGACUGCGAAGACUAACCCAGUUGCGCGCAGGAAAGCCAGGGGCGGAAGUCGCCAUGGUGCGGUUCAAGCACAGGUACCUACUCUGCGAAGUGGUGUCUGACGACCCCCGCUGCCGCCUGAGUCUGGAUGACCGAGCGCUGUGCGGCCUUGUGCGGGACACGAUUGCUCGCCUACACGGGACUUUCGGUGCAGCCGCCUGCUCCAUAGGCUUUGCGGUGCGAUACCUCAAUGCCUACACUGGCGUAGUGCUCCUUCGAUGCCGAAAGGACUUCUACCAGCUUGUGUGGUCAGCUCUCCCCUUCAUCACACACUUGGAGAACAAAGGACACCGUUACCCGUGUUUUCUCAACACCCUACAUGUGGGAGGUACAAUUAGAACGUGUCAGAAGUUCCUGAUUCAGUACAACAGGAGGCAGCUGUUGAUCUUGUUGCAGAACUGCACUGAUGAAGGAGAGCGGGAAGCUAUCCAGAAGUCUGUCACAAAAAGCUGUUUACUAGACAGAGAAUCGGGCGAGGAGGAACUUUCAGACGGUGAUGAUGAGGUGGCUGAAGCAAUGGAGUGAACCUGUGCAGGCUGUGCGGUGCCCAAGCCUCGGGGCCCACUGGUUGGAGCAGGAUGUUCUGGGAGGCAGCAGGGUCUUCCACCUUUCUAGGACCUGCGUUCUCCUAACAAAAUGGAUGCCACUCGAAGUCCUUGACACAUCUGAUAGAUGUUUUGACUUUUGCUUCAGUGUGACCUCUCAUCUCAGGCUGGAACACCCUCAUCCCCACAGAGUUCCUGAACUGGGAUUUUUAAACUGUUUCCUUUUAAGAAUGACAAGUUAGCCCUGGAUGGUGUGGUUCGGUGGAUUGAGCGCCAGCCGGCAAACCAAAAGGUCACCGGUUUGAUUCCCAGUCAGGGCACAUGCCUGGGUUGUGGACCAGGUCCUUACUGGGGGGCACCAGAGA